CUUGCCUUUUAAGCCGUACGUGGCAAACACACGGCCGCUGCGUUCGGAGCUUCUUCUGUCCUGCAACAAUUCACUCAUACAAACUCAACCACAGCCAGGAGCAACAUAACAAGGAUAUUGUUUUUUUUUUUUUAACUUCGUCGGGAUAUUUUUGUAAAAUAUACGAACAAUGUUUACUACGUCGGAGCUGGUUGUCUUGCUGGCCGUCCUAUCCGCCACGGCGUCCGGCUACUUCGUUAGCAUCGACGCCCAAGCCGACGAGUGCUUCUACGAGCGGGUCAACUCCGGUACUAAGAUGGGCCUCAUGUUUGAGGUGGCCGAAGGAGGCUUUUUGGAUAUCGACGUGGAGAUAACCGGACCCGAUGGUAAGCAGAUCUACAAGGGCGACCGGGAGUCCAGUGGCAAAUACUCGGUCGCGGCACAUAUGGACGGAACCUACAAGUUCUGCUUCAGCAACAAAAUGUCUACGAUGACACCCAAGAUUGUCAUGUUCACCAUUGACAUCGGAGAGGCACCCAAAGGCCAGGACAUGGAGACAGAAGCUCACCAAAAUAAGCUGGAGGAAAUGAUCAACGAGCUGGCCGUGGCCAUGACUGCCGUGAAGCAUGAGCAGGAGUACAUGGAGGUGCGCGAGAGGAUACACCGAGCAAUCAACGACAACACAAACAGCCGAGUGGUCCUGUGGUCCUUCUUUGAAGCCCUCGUCCUGGUUGCCAUGACGCUCGGACAGAUUUACUACCUGAAGAGAUUUUUUGAAGUGCGACGAGUGGUGUAGGGCGGUGGCGGUGUGAGCCCUCUACGUCCUCCUCUUGGUGUCCCUACGCCAAGACAGUUAUUUACAAUCUGCAAACGAGACUGGCAGUUUUCACUAUUUCUCAUUUGUAUGUACAUUUGGAAACAAAUGGCCACAAGAUUAUGGAGUGGAUGCAUUUUUUGUUGUUGUUGUUGGUUUUAACAGAUUUUUUGCUCCCUAAAUGAUUUUGACAAUUGCAUUCAGUAAAGCCUAAUCAAUCGUGAAAUAUCUGCUUGUACUGUUAAAUAAAAGCAGUCAAAUGGAAGUUGAUGGAGAUGACAUGUUAAAAUAGGCUUUGUGUCAGUUUGGGUGGGGUCAUGUGCUGGUGCUUUGCUCCAAACAGCACUUGUGUGUAGCAGCUACUUCGAAGGGUAACAUAUAAGGUCAAGUUGUGCAAAAGUUAAUUUAAAUUUGUGAGGAAUAUAAAGUGUAACCAAUGCGCCACAUGUUGGUGGGGGGGGGCUAUGACUGCUGUGUGCUUUAUGUUGCUGCUCAGUUAUUUUGUUGAGGGCUUUUAAAUUAUGCGAUUGUUUGAACUUUUGUUUUCCUGUUUUGGAACACUUUCAGUCAGACGCAACCUUUUUCUCAUUUUUAACAUCCAUUUCUUUUUUGCUCUUUGCGAAACGUCCAAGGCUGUCUCUUCAUUCGGGGUGGCUGCAUCCUGUGUGUUGCGUCUUACUGAAAGUUUCACUUUUGUAUUGAAAAAAAACCAACCUUUGCUGUUGCUUUGGCAGGAAAAUGACUCUGCACUCAAGUAUCUCCUUUUCUGAUUCUAACACACUGAAGAACCCAUCUGUACAAAUGUAGAAUGGUUGAAAAAAAAAGCCCCAGUUUUAAUAAAGAAAUUCUAUACAAUGA